UACGCCACGUACGAUAAACUGUUCCGUUCGAACUGUAGUCUGAUCGUAACGAUUUCUCGUAGUAUGUAUGGCUACCAUUAUAUAAAAAAAUUAGCUAGGUCAUUGACCUUUGUCUGUAUAUAUGUGGUAGAUUUAUAUACCGUUUGUGCGACUGUACAUUCAACAAAAUCUGUUGUUCGAUAAGAUUAUAUUAUCAAUUUAUCCUUACAGAUAUAAAGUGAAAUUUAUAAAUACUCUUAACAAUACUCGUUUCAAUUCACUGCUGUUAAUACAGGAAAGUGGUGUCAAAUUUAAAAUGUCUUCGACACACAUUUUUAAUGUCGCAAUGACUUGCGAAGGUUGUUCUGGAGCAGUGGAAAGAGUAUUGGGUAGGUUAAAAGGGCAAGGUGUAGAAAAUGUGUCAAUAAGUUUACCCGAACAGAAAGUUUCAGUGACAUCAACAUUGAGUGCUGAGGAGCUUCUAGAAGUUAUUAAAAAAACAGGCAAAAAUACUACCUAUAUAGGUACACAAUAAGUGCUCCAUGUCUUUAACAAACCAAUAUGAGUAAGGUUUAGUCAUUGUCUCAAUACGAAUAACCACUGUACACAGACACACCAAUUAAAUUGAAUACUUCAUUAGUCAUGUGUUCCCUUAUUCUAAUGUUUAGCAUAAACUUUAUGAGCAAUUAAAAGUUAAUUGACCUCUAUAAAUGCAGCCAUUACUCUAAGAAAUAUUUAAUAUUUGUUUUAUAUAUAAGAUUUUUAAGGUUGUAAAGUUUCUGAUUUGUUAGAGAUUUGCUUGAUAUUUUAAUAUAAACACUUACUGUAGUCUACAUUGUUAAUAAAUUACAUAUUUUUGUGAAUUGUAUUUUUAAUGUUCAAAAAUUAACAAUUAUCAAAUUAAUGAUCUUACUGAUCCUUACUCAUAGCUUCUUCUAAUGUAUUAAGCCUUAAAUCUGCAAGAUCAACUGCUUCAUGUAAAGCAUUUAAAUGUUCAACAAUAGCAUUUACUGUAGGAAGAACAUCAGCACAGUAACAUUCUCUUAGUUUUUCCACUUCGCCACUUGUGAAAGUUUCAUUUAUUUUCUUAAUUUUCUUUGAAACUGGCUCAAUUACCUGUUUACAAUUUUGAUUUAUUAUUUUAAACCCACUGUUUAUAGGAUAGCCUCUUUUUCUUCCAACCCAUUCAAUAGUACCACUGGUAUAACAAACAUCAUUUUCUUUUAGUUUAAUCAUUCCAAAUAUAUCUUCAUUCUCCGGAUCAGUUUCUAUAACUUUGUUUAUUAUGGAUGGUAUGGAGUAGGUAGCAGGACUGGGUGGAGUACGAGGAAUGUGGCUUGUAUGGCCCACACUAUGAGAAUUAUUUGUAGGAGAAUCAUUAAAAUGUACUGAAGAAUUUGUUACUGAACUUUCAGCAAUAAUUCUUUGUUCUUGAGUUCUUUGUUGGUUGUUUCCUAAUGCAUCUAUCAAAGUACUAUUAGCAAUGGGAUCUUGAAAGUUAGAUAAUUUCCCUGGUUCUUCAACUGAUUCAUCUAUAUCAUCAAGGUGCAUGAACGUAGUGGCUGGAUAUUUGGUGCUAUGGUAACACUUAUACCAAAUCCUUAUACCCUGAUGCAUGGAUAAUCAAAGUUAAUAUUGUUUCUUCAACUAAAUCUAAUAAGAGGCAGAACGUUUGAGGCAAUUGAAAUAACAAGUCUCUCUAAAAUCAAUUUUUUGUACUUCAACUGUAUAUUGCAUAGCAACAGUUUUCAAGGACCACACCUGAACAAGAAAAUGUUAAUUGAACUAUUAUACAUCAAUAAUGUUUUAAUUAAAAUAUGGCAAUAUAUCUAUUUAAAAUUAUUUUUACCUCACCAAACUAUGACUAAAACCAAUUUACAUAUUUGAUAUAUUACUAAUAUUUUUAUUAAUUACAUCUUAUCUACAAAAUUACUUUUUAAAUACAGUAAUUACUACAGCCAAUGUCUUUUUUUGACAACCUGAUUUCUUGAUCUUGAUGAUGUGGUUGCUUUUGACAAUUGUGAUGCAGACUUAGGUAUACAUGAAUUUUGACCAACAUUUUCCUUAUAUUCACUAGAAAUCUCGGUGAAAUUUGUUUUCCAUAUAAAAACCUACAACAAUGAAAUACACAAGUAUAGUAUGUACAUCUAACUUCAUGUUAUUAAUUCAUAGAAUUUCUAAAAGCUAUACAAACCAGUUUAUCUUCCCCAGCUGAUGUGAAAGAAUCUCCACUUGGUGAAAAAUUUAUUGCAUUAACUGCUCCACCAUGCCCACUGAGAGUAAAUAUGGGAUGUCCUUCUAACAAAUCUAAUAUCUGUAAAAUUGCAGACUUUGUAAUAUCCUCUUAUAAUUUUCAUUCAUUAUUAUAACAAACCACUAUUACCUUCAUUUUUCCAUCCUUACUAGCUGUUAAAAUGUAGCUACCACUAGGAUGAAAUGCCACUUGGGUAACUGCGUCAUUAUGAAUACUAGAAGUAAAAUAUAUGAAUUAAGGAGAAAUCAUAUUUGUUUAUAUCCAUUAUGAUAAGAGACUUAUAUUUACCUGUAAUAUUGAACUAAAUUAUGAGUUCUGAUAUCAUACAGUUUAACAUUUCCAUGACCAGUACCAACCGCAAUAUAACACCCUGAAGGAUGCCAUGCUAAAUAUAAACCAUGUCCUUUUUCAUUCUUAUAUGUAUGAAUGCAAUCUCCACUGACAGGGUCCCACAGUUUCACUGUUUUGUCAUCUGAUGUAGAAGCAAUGACAGAACCGUCAUUAGACAUUCGGGCACAUCUCACCCAGUUAGUGUGACCCACAAAAGAGGCUAUGAAUUUAUGUUUAUCACUAGACCAUAAUUUAACGAUUUUGUCAUCAGAUGCAGUUAUAAUCUGUAAUAAUGAAUGUCCAUUAAAUUUACUUAUUCCAAGCACUCAUUGAGUUUUUCUAACUGGGAAUAAUACAGGUACCUUUGUUCCAUCAGGACUAAACUGUACAGAACGUACAGUUUGUGAAUGAGCCUUGAAGACACCUGUACUGCCUGUAACAGUAGGCACCCAAAGUCUGACAGUCUUAUCACGCGAUGCAGAAGCCAUAUAUUUUCCAGAAGGCGAAAAAGUCACAUCCAUUACAGCUUCAUCGUGCCCUUGAAAUCUGUAGCUUCGCAUGGUACCGCGAAGAUCCCACAGCUGUAACAGUAUCAUUUGGAAUUAUUCAAGAUAUUACUUACUUCCUAGAUAACAGUUACUUUUUUUAAAUAUUAGAAGUAGAAAAUACAUACUUACCAAAACACUGUUAUCUAACGAACUAGUUGCUAACUGUUUUUCAUUUGGACUAUAAUAAGCGGAUGUAAUGGCAUUACGAUGUCCCUUGAGCUGUUUUUCAAGAAAAGGUUCAAGAAAUGUUAUUUUUGUGUCCAUUUCAGUAAAACCUUUUUGAAAAAUCUAAAUCAAACUUUUAAGAAUUCGAGUUCAUAAAUCGCAGAAUUCAAAUUUUAGUAGUUAGAUGACAGCGUAAAGAGGAAACCAAAACAAAAACCACAGAUACGUACCCAUUUUCACAGCGAAUCUGUAUUUGCACCAUAGACAUAGUAUUUGACCGUGGUUAGUUACCCAAUUACCUAUAAUGCGUAUUGAACCUAAUUAUCAUAGCGAUAUAUUCGCCGGGAUUUAUUAGACACUGAUAGGAGUUCAGAUUGAUACUUGGGCCCAGUUGUUUUUUAGUAAAGAUUUUCUUAUAUAUAAAAAUCAAGCAGAUUAAACUGCUGCUGCAUAAAUAAAUGUACAAAGAAAACUACAACUGCCAUUUCUUUUUUUUUCAGUCUAACAACUUUAACGUAUCCUCGGUAAUGUAUUAGUGAACAGUUAACCCUUGUCGCACUCCCUGACGCAGUUUAUUAUUUUCAGUCGCUGCCUCUGAUCACCUGUAGCAAAAUCAUAUGUCCACGGAUCACUAUUAUAUAUAUUAAGCGGGCUCAGUGAGAGAUAUAGUAAAAAGGCAAUUUGUCCCUGUCUAUUAAGAUAACCAUACCCCACCCACGGACGUAUACGUCCUAUGGAAUUGUAUGUCCAUGACAUAACUUUGGAGAAGCGAUUUGGUCCAAUAUUUUUGUAGCAAUUUGGUUUGGGUAGUCUGUGGUGCAAGUGCAAGUAGCAAAAUUCAAGCAAUUGCAAAUUAAUUUCCACGAGGUUCCAAGUUCCAAAUGACUACUUGCAUGAUGUUUUGAAAGACAUUGCAAUGAAUAUUUUUUUAAUGGAAUGAUAAUUUAAUUUAAAAUUUGGCCUACGAGUUACUUUCGUGUUUAAAGUCUUCUUAAGUUUAAAUUAAAUGCUUACAGUACAGUGUACCGGUGGUACAAAAAAUUUAAGUAAUAUUCUAUGGAAAAACGUAUAACAUUUAUGUAAAGUGGAAAAAUUGAACCACAAUGAACAUUGGUGUGACUGAAGAAGUCACGGGGGAAGUGGCUCUUGUCGCUGAUGACCUGAGUCGCGCUGUGGAGCUGACUUUGAACCCUGCUGUAUCACAUGAUGCACGCAGUCAAGCAUAUAAUGCAUGUGAAAGUUUCAAAGAAAAUUCACCAUGGUGUGCUCAAGCUGGUCUUCUCUUGGCCAGUGGAAGUCAAUACUCUGCUGUAGUUAAGCACUUUGGACUUCAGUUGAUGGAACACACAGUCAAAUAUCGAUGGACUCAAAUUACUCAAGCAGAGAAAAUUUUUAUUAAAGAAAAUGCUAUGAAGUUAUUGUAUAUGGGAGGAUGGGAAACAGGUCAUCUUAAUGAUGCCUUGGCCCGUGUUAUUGUGGAGAUGAUUAAGCGUGAGUGGCCACAGCAAUGGCCAACAUUGCUUGCUGAACUGAGUGAUGCUUGUGCUAGAGGUCACCUACAUACUCAAAUCGUCCUACAUGUAUUUCUUCGACUUGUUGAAGAUGUUGCAACACUACAGACUUUGGAACAACAUCAGCGUCGUAAAGAUAUAUAUCAAGCACUGACAAGUAAUAUGUCAGAAAUAUUUGCAUUCUUUAUGAGGUUGAUUGAGCUUCAUGUGCAAGAAUUCAGAGAGAAGACAGCCACUGGAGACUUUAAUGCAGCAGCCAGCAAUGGUCGAGUAGUCCAGGUUGUCCUCUUAACUCUGACUGGAUUUGUGGAGUGGGUUUCAACAAAUCAUGUUGUAAUGAACAAUGGCCGGCUACUGCAGAUCUUGUGCAUCCUGCUUCAAGAUGAUUCUUUUCAGCUACCAGCAGCAGAGUGCUUGCUACAAGUAGUCAAUAGGAAGGGAUCUACAAAGGAGCGCAAACCUCUCAUGAUAUUAUUUAGCGAGGAUGCAAUCUCGUGUAUUCACCGCGCCGCUCUUGCUAGCAUAAAUGCAGUGGAUGAAAAACAUUACUUGUUCCUAAAGAAACUCUCGCAGGUGUUGGUGGGGCUGUCUCAGCAACUGACGUCGCUGUGGAGCAACGCCAGCAACGUGGAGUCGUGGAUGCCGAUCCUCCUGGAAACCGUUCUGCUGAUGAUGGCGCAUCCAUCGCUGACGCUGGCGCAGGCUGGCAACGCAGUGUGGCUUGCGCUGCUGAAGCACGAGCACGCAGCGCGCGUGCCGCACGUACACGCCGCCCUGCCACGCUGGCUGCACGCCGCCGCGCCUAAGCUGCUCAAGGUCACAUAUCCGUCUUCUCGAAUGAGCGGUGCAAACGACGCUUACGCUUACGCUUGUAUGGACUAUGACAGCGAACAAGAGUUUGCGAUUUUCUUCAGCCGUUGCCGCACAGAGAUAUUGGAUAGUUUUAGGCAUUGUAUGACUACUGCGCCGCUGGUUACUUGGGCGUACGUAGAACAAUGGACGCGCUCGGCGCUUGACAAAGUGGACACUUGCCCCCCGCAGUUGGACGCCACGCAUCCCUUGCACGUCGAGUGGGAAGCACUGUCUCUGGUUUUGGACGUAGUGCUGUCUCGUCUGCUGCAAGCGGAUCCGCGGCCCAACGUAGUGGAAGGUCUACAGCUGCUGCAGCGCUGCGUAAUAUGCGAACCACGUGCGCCGCUCAUACUGUCGCUGCUGCUGUCGCUCAUAUCCGCCCUUUUCGUGUUCCUCAGCUGCGCGUACAGCCAGCUAGCCGGCCCCGGUGUAGGAGUGGCAGGCGCAGACUUAUUACCACGCGUUUUGGACAAAAUCUUCGCGGCGCUAGUGUACGAGGGCGUUCCGCCUGACGACCGGCGGUCGCGCGCCGUCAAGAACGUACGAAGGCACGCCGCCGGAUUACUAGUCAAAUUGGGCUCAAAGUAUCCAUUGCUACUGCUGCCCGUGUUUCCGCGUUUACACGAAAUGUGUCGCGGGGCGAUGGCGCGCGCCGAUCUCAGCGCCGUCGAAAGCGUCACUCUGCAGGAGGCGCUGCUGUUAGUCUCCAACCAUUUCUGCUGUUACGAGAGGCAAAGCGCACUGGUGGCUCAGGUGCUCGGCGACUGCAGCGAGCGCUGGGCCGCAUUAGGUCCGCAAGUGUCCACCGCAGAAUCUCUGGCGCGUCUCAUCGGUCUAGACGCGCCGCCUAGCGCCGCGGGCGACGACGAAGCGGGCCGCGCGCGCCGCACGCUGUUGCACGCGCUGACUCUACUGCUGGGCGUGGUGAAGCGGACCUGCGUGCCCGCCGACCCCGACAAGGCCUCCCGCGGCGGUUUCAGCGCGGGCGUGACCGCGUCUGGCAACCCAAUAUGGCGAAACCCGUGCGCGGCGCACGUGCUGCCUCUAUUCCCGCACGCGCUAGCUUUGUGUCGAGCGCUGCAUUCGCUGCACGCGCCCAACGCCACGCCUCUACGGCAUCGCCUCCACGCGCGAGCGCUGCAAGCCUCCGCUGCAGAGCGCCGCAACCUGCUGGGGCUGCCCGCGCCCCGAGACCACGACCCCGCGUCUAGUAUCGCUACGCCCGCCCCCGCCGACCGAAUGCAGAACUACCUGCACACGCUGCACGACAACGUUUGCCAUUUGGUAGGCGCCGCGGCGACCACCCUCGGCCGCGAGCUGUACAGCGUCGCGGGGCUGGCCAAGUUCCUCACAGACUCGCUGCUGCACGGCGUCGAGUGGCUGCCCGACCACUGGCUUCGGCCCAUCGUGCGGAACGCGCUCAAACCGCUGCUGCACCACUGCCCACCUGCACACUACCACCAGGUGGCGCUGCCACUGCUCGAGCACUACGCGCCCUUCAUGUUAAGACAUUUGUCGAAACGAUGGGAAUACAUCACAUCUCUAUACGAAUCUGGCAAGUUGGAAGAGGAAGGUGGAAGCGAAUCACAAGAAGUUCUCGAAGAUAUGCUCGUCAGACAUCUCACUAGGGAGCAUUUAGAAGUGCUCAAAAUCUCGUUAGUCGACGGCGGGCUUAGCGUGGAGGUUUCCCCCGGCGACAUGGAGGAAGACACCCCCGCCUCGAGCCCUCAGCGCGCCCCCGAGCAAGUGUCCGAGCUGGGUGCGCUGGUACUGGCACAUCCAGUGUGCGGCCCGGCCGUGUUACAUACUGUUUUAUGGGCACUAAUGUGGAACGACUCUACGUCGUCGCUGCGUGCGUGCACGCUAGCGUUACCGGCGCUGCGGGCGGCGCUGGACGCGGGCCAGGUGUCGGCCGUGGACGCGAGCGGCGCGCUGGCCGCCGUGCUGCAGGCGCUGCGCACGCACGGGCAGCACGACGCCAACCAGGCCGCGCUGCUGGCGCUCGCCGUGCAGGCGUACGAAGCGCUGCGGCCGCGCUUCCCCAACAUAGUUGCGGUGCUGCGCGACAUUCCCGACGUGGACGCGCACGACCUGCACCGUCUCGACGAGAAGCUGGCCGCCAACCCCGCCAAGCCGUCCAAGAUCGACAAGAGCAAGCGAGAGUUGUUCAAGAAGAUCACUUCUAGGUUAAUUGGUCGCAACGUGGGUCAGCUGUUCAAGAAAGAAGUAUACAUUCUAGACUUGCCUACAAUGCACAUAGCUAAAGAGAAACCGCGCAGCGCAGUGGAGUCGGCGGAGGGCGCGGGUUUAGAGAAACUGUUCGCCAAUGGGCCUACCUAGCCCGCACAAUAAUCAGCUAGCCAUAUCUUACUCGCGAUGUUAAACAUUCUUUGUGAAUAACCAUUUAUAUGUUAUUAAAUUAUAUUAUAAAACUGCAUAAG